AGUUUACACAAAACCUUUCAAGCCCGAAAAUAGACAAUAGCUGUGCUAACUUAACACAAAGUGCAAUAAAUCAGUGCGAUUAAACUGACCAAGUAUUAAAAUAAUUGAGAGAAAUUUUUUCAACUCAGUUGGUGACAAUGAGUCAAAUUACCCAAUCUGAAUGCUCCAAAGUCAUAAGUGCGAAGCUGAAAACGCGCGAUUUUAAAAUUCUGCGGUACCAACAGAUCGAAUUCGACGAAAUUGUCGGUUAUUUGGGCGACCAUUGCACCCUUGAAAUAACAAUCCUUCGGGACAAUCAUGAAGAAACUUACUCGUUUUUCAUGAAGAGUGCCCCUCGAGUGCCUUCACAGCGCACUUUCUUCGAGGAAAUUGACGGAUUCUCCAAGGAGAAGAACUUCUUCACCAAGUUUCACCCGAUGCUGAAGCGCCACAACAUCGACAUUAUUGACGACGUAAUCCCUGAGUGUUACCUCGUGUUUGACGAAACGUUUAUUCUUGAUGAUCUGAAGCGUAAGGGAUAUGUGACUCUCCCUUCUCGCAGCCCUUUGGCGAUCGAUUGCAUUAAAGCAGCUCUUGCAUCACUUGCUAAACUGCACGCCAGCGGUCUAAUUUUAGAAGAGACGAAAUCUUGCCGACUCACUGACGAAUUUUCGCUCAAAGAGAGCUUUUACUCGGGUCAGGGUUCCGCGGAGCAAGCUCUACAGUCGGCGAAAGGUGGAAUGCGAGCUUUCUGCGAUUGGGCAAAAACCGACGAGGCUUUAAAAACUCGGAUCGUGUCCGGAAUUGAAGAGAAGAAAACUUUCGCUGUGCCGUCGUCCAGGUUCAGGAACACCAUCUGUCACGCUGACCCUUGGACCAAGAAUUUCUUGUUCAAGUUUGAGGACGGGAAGGCGAUAAAUUGCGUCACUGUUGAUUGGCAGACUUACCGAUACGGACCCCCGGCACAGGAUGUCCUCGCUUUUAUUUAUUUAGUGGCCGAUGGAGACGUCCGUAAGACACACUUCGAUGAAUUGUUGGCGUUUUAUUACGGGGAGCUGAGCAAAGCGAUGGGAAAGUUCGGGUUUGGAGAUGUUGUCACACGAGAGGAGUUUUUCCAAAGCUGUCAAUACUUUAAACAGUUUGCGCUCACGCAGUCUCUGACGCACUUUCAAGUGGUUUUGUUGUCGGAUGAGGACGGCAAGGAGCUGUUUGGCAAUCCGGAGAAAGCCAAAAGUGUCAUUUUUGGCGACGAUAGAUACGAGUUCGUCCAGAAAAUUCUCGCCAAAGAUCCCGUUUUUAGGAAAAGAGUUUGCAGUUCAGUCGAGGAGUUAAUAAAGUUACAUGAGGAAAAGUGUAAUUAAAUUAAUUAUGAAAAUAAAUAAUUCUUCCAAAA